AAGUAUACUAACAGCACAAGCACAGCCAUUACUUAGCAUCAGCAGUGAGUGAACCAAAGAGUAAGAAGAAAUCAUAACAAUGGCCUCCUUAGCAACACUGGCUGCCGUGCAGCCAGUCACCAUCAAAGGCCUCGGGGGAAGCUCAAUCACAGGUACAAAGCUCAUCGUCAAGCCUUUUUCUUCCAGCCUCAUCAAGCGCAGCAGAUCUUCAGGUGCAGUUGUUGCAAAGUACGGCGAGAAGAGUGUUUAUUUCGAUCUCGAUGACAUUGGUAACACUACUGGCCAGUGGGAUGUUUAUGGCUCCGACGCACCUUCACCGUAUAAUCCUCUUCAGAGCAAGUUUUUCGAGACGUUUGCAGCUCCAUUCACUAAAAGAGGUCUUCUUUUAAAGUUCUUGAUCUUGGGUGGUGGCUUCACAAUUGGCUACUUUGGCGCUACUGUCUCCGGUGACAUACUACCAAUCAAGAAGGGGCCACAACUCCCGCCACAGCCCGGGCCUCGUGGCAAGAUAUAAUCUGUGUGAGACAUCAAAGCACGAAUUCUGUAUUUCAUUCCUUAUGUUGUUUGAAGAUGUAUUCUUCGUACUUCCAACUUUGUAACUAUUACUUAGGCCUCCUAAAAAACUCUCUUUGCCGAAUCGAUUUUCCUUCUGCCCUGAUUGUAUAGAUGCAUUUUCUCUG